AUGGAUUUAACACAUAUACCAGCAGAUUGCCCAUCAAACACAACAAGUUUAUAUUUGUCUAAUAAUAAUCUGGACAUUAUAUCAAGGAAAGCUUUCACUAAAUAUGCAGAGCUUAGAUAUCUGGAUAUAAGUGGUUGUCAUAUGACAACAAUCGACCAAUCAGCAUUUGAUAAUUUAUCACAUUUAAAAGAACUGAGAAUGUCACCACUAGAUGAUCUACAAGUACUUCAUAUAUCACAUGACUUGCUGUCAACGUCUUCAAAAGAGUCGUGGUCGGAUUUUCAUAAUAUAACAAAAGUGUUUAGUUAUGGUGGACCGUCAAAUGGGUCGUUUGCAGAGAUAUUUCUGUGA